AUGGACAGGACGUUCGAUCUGCAGCGGCAGUCGAGGAAGGAGUUUUCAGAGCAACUCCGCGAAAUAAGUCUCAUCACAAAGAUCGACUUGAAUUACAAGGAGAUCGGUGCCAAGGGCUGCCAGGAACUGGCACAGGCGUUGAAAAACAAUGGUACGAUCACACACAUCGAGCUCAGUUUCAGCAGCAUUGGCGCCGAGGGCUGCCAGGCCUUAGCAGAGGUGCUCAAAAGCAACAAUACGAUCACCAACAUCGCCCUCGACCACAACGGUAUCAGCGUGGAGGGCUGCAAGGCACUCGCAGAGUCGCUGAAUAGCCACAGUACCAUCACGCAUGUCAACCUCGACUCAAACGACAUCGGCGACAUGGGCUGCCAGGCACUGGCAGAGGCGCUAAAGAGCAACACUACGAUCACGGACAUCAGCCUCGAGUUCAACGGCAUCGGUGCCAAAGGCUGCCAGGCCUGGGCUGAGGCGCUAAGGAACAACAGCACGAUCAUGCACGUAGGGCUCUUCGGCAAUAACAUCCCCAAAGAGCAAGAAGAGGCGUUGCGCAAGAUGCUUCAGACAAGACGGUCGGUUGCAGAGGAGUUCCGGGUACAUCUCGAUGAAUGGCAGCGCAGUGGCUUUGCUCCGCUGCCAGUGGUGCGCCUCUGCUUCGUGGGGCAGGGACGGGCAGGCAAGACUACGACACUGAGGCGCUUAAAAGGGGAAGCGGUGCGAGAAGGCAAACAGGAUUCUACAUAUGGAGUGGAGCUUUGGGCUGGAGAAGCACCUCGCGAUCUCUCUGCUUCUUGGCAGGACUGCCAGAGGACUGUGUUCGAUGCUGGCGUGGUCGAUGCCUUCCAUGCAACGAAGCCUAAAAAGGAGCAAAGCGAGCAAGAUAGACCUGAAGCAGGCGAAGAGCCGGAGCCGCAAGAUUCGUGGACAGGUGAGACCAAGCAGGCGACGAAGCAGGAAAAGGAAGUACAGGAGAAGAACGCCAAGCUCCGCCCUUUCUUUUCCCGAUGGAGAGCUGCUGUUGCCGGACGGCCUCAUCGCGGAAGGUAUCCUCACUCACCUGCAGCAGAUGCGGCAGGUUUGAUGGACUUGCCACAGGAGCCUGCUGUGGACAUGUUGGAUAGGAAGUUCAUGCAUCCCAACGAGGAGAUGAACCAAAAGCUCGAUGACGAGGAAACUUUCCCGGACGGCAAAGAUGCUCUGCCGGGAAUGUUUUCGGCACGGUUCGAUGGCGGGAAAAUAGAGCACAAGUUCCGGCGUGUUCACGAGAUCCUGAAGGAGCACAACUUCCCGGUCGUGAUGGUCGACGCCGAUGUUGGCGACGACUUCGGCAAAGCAACAAUGAAGUAUCUGAACAAGAUUCACAAAGAAAACGGUGUCUUGAUAUGUGUUUGCACAGAUCAUUACGCCGAGAAGACCAGGUCACCCUUCUGCUCUUUUGCAGAGUUACGGUUCGCCCAAGAGUACAGUCUGGAUGUUCUCCCGUUGCAAGUGGCAGACGUCUUCCCCCCACGGCCGCCUGGCGGCCCGGAUCAUCCGUACGACAAGGAGUACGAUGCAGAGGACUUGAUCAAGAUGGUCUUCAGACCCAACGUCGCCUACAAGGACUGCCGCGAGCUAGAUGAGAUGCAGAUUGCUCGGGUGAUCGCAGACAAGCUGCUCAAGAAGAAGAAAGGCUCGGGACAUGGAUGA